UAGAGAGCUAUCCAUCGCAUUGUGUGUGACAUUGGAAGUCUUUCCUGAUUCCUCUACUUGUUCUCUUCUCAAAUAUGGCACUGACAACACUUGUUGACCCUCUGGGCAGCUCGCGCCUAGCCAUGCUUGCGCUACCGUUAGGAUCCUACUUUCUCUGGGCUUUCCUUUCGUUUCUUCUAUCACCACUCCGAAAGUAUCCUGGCCCUUUGCUUGCGAAAUGGACAAGGUUAUGGUAUCUGCGACAGGCUUCCACAGGGAACUCACAUCUUGAAUUGAAGCGCCUUCACGACAAAUAUGGGCCCAUCGUGCAGAUUGCACCGCACAUGCUCGAUGUCGACAUGCCGGACCUCAUCCAUACCAUCUUCAGCACGAAGGAAGACUGGUUGAAGACUGAAUUCUACCACGGCAGCAGCGCCCUUGUAAAUGGUCAGAUUGUGCUAAAUAUUUUCAGCCAGACCGACCGUGCAAAGCAUGCAAAGGAGCGAAAGCCUAUUGCCAAGUACUACUCGCCGUCCGCAACAGCCACGCUUGAGCCACACAUGGACAAGAUCAUCAAUAAGUUCUGCCAACAACUAGACACGAGAUUUGUAGAAAAGUCCAAGGCAUUUGACCUCGGUAAAUGGAUUCUCUACUAUACUUGGGACGUUGUUGGCGCCAUCGCAUUUUCCGAACCGAUCGGGUAUCUCGACAAGGGCACAGACUUUAACGGUACCCUCGAAAGUGCCGACAAGGCCAUGGACUACUUCUGCGUCGUGGGCGCCAUUCCCAUCUUGGACUACUUUUUCGAUAAGAAUCCCAUUUACCGAAUCGGGCCGCCCGGAUAUGGCACAGUUACUGCCAUCGGCAUCCAGCACCUCAUUGACCGAUACCAAGGCAAGGAUAAGGAUACUCAUGACCCCAGCGUCCCGGACUAUCUGGACAAGUUCAUCGAGGCUAAGGAGGCGGAUCCUGAAAACAUCGAUGAUCAGCAGAUUGUCUCAUGGCUCAUGUUCAACCUCAUCGCUGGCGCCGACACCACUGCUAUUACCAUUCGCAGCGCCAUCUACUAUUCUUUGAGAAACCCGCGCAUCUGGGCCAGGCUGACCAAAGAGAUUCGGGACUCGAACCUUGAUAUUCCUCCUGCGUACAAAGAUGCCAAGGGCCUGCCCUACGUGGAGGCAGUUGUCCGCGAAGCCUUGCGGUUCCUGCCUGGUGUGUCGAUGACCAUGGAGAGAUAUGUUCCCAAAGGCGGCUUUACCAUGCCAAACGGAGACUAUCUCCCUGAGGGUACUAUUGUCGGCAUGAACCCGUACAUUACUGGCCGCAACAAGUCUGUCUACGGCGAGGAUGCUGAAGAGUUCAGCCCGGACCGCUGGCUCAGGGAUGAAGCUGCUGGCGAGUCCGAAGCUGACUACCAGACACGCUUGUUGCGUAUGAACAAGACAGACCUGUCAUUUGGGGCCGGUAGCCGCGUCUGCAUUGGCAAGCAUAUCGGCCUGUUCCAGACGUACAAGGUGUUGGUUACAUUAAUUUCCAAAUAUGACAUUGAGUUGGCUACAGACAAGGAGUGGAAGGUGAUUAACAGCUGGUUCCCACGACAGGAGGGAUUGGAGGUGAAGAUGACCAAGCGGGUGCAAGUCUAACAAGUUAUCAUGAAUUCAUUAUUAAUUUGACCUUGGCAAGCAAUAGCCAGUUGCAAUAUAUCCCCGGGCGAGGUAUAUGUUUUUUUUGUCAUGUUUUGUUCUUUUUGAGCAGCUGGAUAUUGUAUGCUCGGUCUUAGUAGUGAGAAGUAGUUUCGGGUGUGCUAUACAGUCGCCAGUUUGCCACCACCAAUUUAUGUAGCGUUACUAUAUUUUUAAAUCUUUCUAGAUUCAAGGCCAC